UGAAUUACUAGCACGCCCCAGACUGAACCGGAAAAGGGACUUAAGGUUUCUAACAUCAGUUCUGCUUGAGAGGCAACUGCGACAGAAGCGUGUAAAAUCACAAACAGCUGUCCCUCCGCAUCAGCACAACCAGCGUUGCUUGUUUAAAAAGCAGGAACCAGGAAUCUGCAUUUUCCAGUUAGACCAACACAGCUCCCAAAGACCCCUCCAGCUAGCGGGAUUCCAGGAUCCUUCCUGUUUCCGCGUGGCUAGCUUGUUUCCGGCUGACGUAACGUCAUCAGAGAGCGCCGGAAAUGCGCUAAUGCUGCCUAGGAGACAGGACGCGAAGGCCCUAGGCUGAUAUAGCCGGGCUAGGCGCGCCCACCUUGUCGCCAUGGAGCUGCCUCCAGGGCCGUGUGAUGAUCCCCGCUCCUGGGACGAUGAUUCCGACCCGGAGCCGGAGCCGGAGCCCGACCCCGACGCGCAGGCCAAGGCCUACGUGGCCCGCGUGCUCAGUCCGCCGAAAAUGGGACUGGCGCCCCCGCGCGUCCCUCUGUUGUCCGCGCCUGCCGGAUCCCCUGGCGCCCUGGAGCCGCUGGCCGCACUCAAGGGUCAGGCCGUUGGAGUCCCGGGCCUGCUGAGCCUUCCCCCGGAGCUGCUGCUCGAGAUCUGCACCUACUUGGACGCGCGCCUCGUGCUCCACGUUUUGCCGCGCGUGUGCCACACGCUGCGCAACCUCGUGCAUGACCGUGUCACCUGGCGGCUACGCGCACAACGCCGUGUACGCGCGCCCUACCCCGUGGUGGAAGAGGAGGACUUUGACUGGCCGGCAGCCUGCAUUGAGCUGGAGCAGCACCUGUCGCACUGGGCAGAGGAUGGGCGCCAGGUUGAGUACUUCUGCUUGGCUGAUGGGCACUUUGCUUCCAUUGACUCAGUGCUGCUGCUCCAGGGUGGGACACUGUGUCUGUCGGGCUCUCGAGAUCGCAACGUCAACCUGUGGGACUUGCGGCAGCUUGGGGUGGAGCCCAGCCAUGUCCUGGUCAAAGCCCUGGGCACCCAGAACAGCACCCACAAGGGCUGGGUGUGGUCGCUGGCGGCGCUGGACCACCGAGUGUGCUCCGGUUCUUGGGACAGCACGGUGAAGCUCUGGGACAUGGCAGCUGAUGGGCAGCAGUUUGGCGAGAUAAAGUUUGAGGGGUCCUGGGCAGGAGGGGGGGCGUGGCAGGAUCCUGCGUGGCUACAGCGCCAGCCCUGUGAUCCAUGUGUCCCCAGGGGCAAGGCAGCAGUGCUGUGUCUGUCCUACCAGCCUGACAUCCUUGUUACUGGCACCUACGACAAGAAGGUGACUGUCUACGACCCCAGAGUCGGCCCGGCCCUGCUGAAGAGCCGGCGGCUGCACUCGAGUGCGGUGCUGGCGCUGCUGGCGGACGACCAGCACAUCAUCUCGGGCAGUGAGGACCACACGCUCGUGGUGUUUGACCGCCGGGCUAACAGCGUCCUGCAGCGGCUGCAGCUGGACUCCUACCUGCUCUGCAUGUCCUACCAGAGGCCCCAGCUCUGGGCUGGCGACAACCAGGGCCUGCUGCAUGUCUUUGCCAACCGUGACGGCUGCUUCCAGCUUGUCCGGUCCUUUGAUGUGGGCCACAGGUCUCAGAUCACAGGGAUCAAACACUCGCUGGGGGCCUUGUACACCACAUCCACCGACAAGACCAUCCGGGUGCAUGUGCCCACAGACCCACCAAGGACCAUCUGCACCCGAAGCCACCACAACGUGCUGAAUGGGGCCUCCGGCACAAGGAGUCCAGGCCCAGGGGAGGUGAGGUUGGUGUCUGCCCACCUGCCCACCCAGGGCUGCUCCCCACCCUUGGGCACCGUUUCUGUUGUGAUUAGGAUGCCAGCUGUCUCUGAAGAGCAAAGGAGAAGUAAACGUUCUGUGCUGGUGCUUCAGCCUGGACUUUGGGCUCAUUGUCACCCGAGCUCUGCCUCGCCUGCUUGGGGCUGGGGCGUGUCUCUGAGGGCGUGAAAGCCUCAGUGGCAGCCGCUGUUGUGUGUCUGGGCAUGUGUGCUUGCUGAGUGGUUUCUGGGAUCGUGUGUCUGCAUGUCCCUGGGGAGGCAGUCUGGCUGGGUGUGUGGUGACGGUAACCCUGCCUGUGCAUGUCUGAAUGCCGCUGGGUGUGGGUGUGUACAAGAAAGAGGGAGGCUCUUAAGGACCUGGGAACGUUGGUACAAUGACACCUCUGUAUGUGUGUGACAUGUAUGCUGUGCGUUGGCAUGUAGACUGGGACUCUGCCCUGGCUGUGUUUGUGCAGUGGGACAGGGCACUGGCUAAUGCAGAAGUGCGUGCUCUUCUAUCCAGGAUUCGGGGGGUCUGUGCU